AUGAUAAUGAAAGACAGAUCACUGCGGGCGGAGUUAAUUUUGAACAAAACGCUUCAUUUACUUUGUGUAGAGUUUGCCGAGUCAGACAAAACCAAUGCCACAUAUGCCCCGACAGACCCCGGUUCUGGGACUGGGGAAGACAAGCGUUGUCAAGAUCUUCCAGGAAUGCUUUGGCUAGCAAGAAGGACGGAUAUUACAAUCUUGGCGUGUGAUAUGAAUGCGCAUUUUGGACGACAAUAUCAAAAGAAGCACAGUUCAGUGUGGCUGAAGAGUAUGAAGCUGAGCUGGCUACAAAGCUGCUGUGAACAGACGGUCAUGCGGAUGAAGAAGAUUGAUCAAAGUUCCAAUGAAGGUGAACGUCGGCCGCUGAACGACAAGAACAAACCGACCCGGGAAACUUGGGCGAAACCCCCAUCCUGUGUAUUUAUCCAUGAAUUCAUGUCCCCAUACACUCGCACGCACCCAUAA